ACACUAUCUGGUGGUGAGAAAUGGUGUGUGGAGCUCACUCGCCAAUUCAAGGAGACCAUGGCUGUGGCAUAGGUUCUUGCCUACCUGCCCCGGCUCUCGACCCUUCCUCGACAUUUCCCCUUUCUCUCCCCCUUCGCCACAUGAUACUGUUUCCUCCAAUCCAUCUCUUUCGGAUAUAUGUUGGUCUUAUCCUUGAAUAUCGGUCACAAACAAGUUCGUGGAGGCCAAGAAAUCUCGCGGCGGGGCGACGGGAUUGGAUUUCUGGAACAACUUGAAGGUCAAAAAGUUCGCGUCUUGAGGAAACAUCAUCAUCCUGGAGGUUGCUGUCAAAAUCUUUGUUGUAGCUCCUCCUCUUCGGUUCUCGAGCUGGAGUACUUCGAGGAAGCUGGGGCAUGUUUGGGACCAACUUCGGGGUUUUACGCGCUGGUUUCGAAGGACCUUGUGAGGAAGGAUUUGAAGACUUGGAGAAAUUAGGAUCGUGGGGCUCCUAGGGCUGACGCUAGCCCAUUCGUACAUCAUCUGAGUGAAUUGUACCCAGCACCAAUUAGCUUGUCCUGGGAGAAGAGGUUCGGUUAACUAUCG